AAAAUCAUCAUUUUCCAUAUGUUUGACAGUUGUCAGCUGGUUGCUGGUUUUCAUAAUGAAAAUGGAUAUUUAAUUAGAAUUUUUUUAAAACGAUAGGCUAAAAUUUUGAAAUGUGUUGAUUAUUGAAUGAACUGGAAAAAUAAUUAAAAAUCACAAGAUGUUCUCGGCUUUUAAGAGAUUGGCAGGCAAAUCCGAGGGAAAUGCCUCGCCACGACCGAAUCAUCAAUCAAUGCCCACAAAUUUACAAAGAAAAUUCGCGAAAGGAGUUCAGUAUAAUAUGAAAAUAAUAAUAAAAGGCGACAGAAAUGUGGGCAAAACUUGUCUGUUUCAUCGUCUUCAGGGACAAAAAUUUGUCGAAGAAUAUGUGCCAACGGAAGAGAUACAAGUGGCGAGUAUUCAAUGGAAUUAUAAAGCGACCGAUGAUGUUGUCAAGGUAGAAGUGUGGGACGUUGUUGACCGUGGUAGAAGACGCCGAAAAAUGGAGGGAUUAAAAAUGGAUACAUUACCAGCUGAAAAUAUUAUUGAGGAACCAGCAUUGGAUGCGGAAUUUCUUGAUGUUUAUAAAGGAACAAAUGGCGUUAUUAUAAUGAUGGAUAUAACAAAAACAUGGACAUUCGAUUACGUGCAACGAGAACUUCCAAAAAUUCCCAGUCACAUACCGGUUAUUGUUCUGGGCAAUCAUUGCGAUAUGUCGCAUCAUAGAACCGUUACUGCCGAUCAUGUUACUUAUUUUAUUGAUUCUUUACAAGGAAGAUUGGCGCAAGUGAGAUAUGCGGAAACGUCAAUGCGAAAUGGAUUUGGUUUAAAGUUGUUGCACAAAUUUUUUAAUCUUCCAUUUUUGCAAUUACAACGCGAAACACUUAUAAAGCAAAUCGAAACAAACGAAGACGAAACACGAUUGACAAUACAAGAAUUGGAUCUCUAUCAAGAGAGUGAUGAUGCGGAUUAUAAUAAAUUUUUAGAUAAUCUUGUAAAUAGGCGAAGAGCCGUUGCCGAUUCAACAUCGGUGACAAAUUCAAUUCCAAUUGUUCCAAGUAAUCAACAAAUUGCAUCGAAUAACGAAAUAAAAAGAAGUGUAACGUUAUCGGGACCAAUUGGUGCCGGUAAUCCAAUACCAGUGAAAAAUAAUAAUAUCGAUUUAAGAACACCACCGCCAAAGAAAGAAAAUAAUAAUAUAUUACCAAAAAUGUCGGAGAAUUUAAUUAAAAAUUCACCGCAACAUUCGCACAGUACAUCGAGAGAGAAUCGUAAUAGUCCGGAAAUUAAUCGUGAUACACAAUUAAGACAACAGUCAUUUAUGUCGAAAAUAUUUGGUAAUAAAAAAGAUGAGGAUGGAGAAAAAUUGCCAAAUAUUGCCGGUAUUAAUUUAAAUUCACCAUUGACGAGUGUUGAAGAUUUUGUUCCCGACGAUGAUGUUUUGGAUAAAUCAUUCUUAGACGAGGGAUGUCAAGGUGGACAACAAACACAAUCCGAGCGUGUCGAUUCCGACAGCGAUACGGAAACUGCAAAUCCAUUGGUCGCUGGUUUUGAGGAUGAUUUAUCAUCGGCUGACGAAACGCCAACGCCGGUACAAUUGAAACUUACGGAAAAUCCAUUGAGUAAAUCGUCAAGGCACAAUAAACGUGAAUUACAAGGCGCUGAAUCGAGUCAGGAAAUUCCACAAAUAAAAAAAAGUGACUCAGUGUCUUCCAUUGAGGAACAGGACUUCCAGGGUUCAAGUGAAUUUGAUUUAAAUAAUCGUCAAGAUUCGGAUACAUAUGACAAUUGGCUUGGACGUGAUUCUAAAUGGCGACAAAGUCCCGAAGGUGGUGAAGAUGUGAGCAGUAAUAGUACAAGAAAAGAUAGACUCGAAUUUAGUGAUAAAAGUCGUGAUGUCAGUAUGACAAGUUCAAAUGUUCAUCUUGAACUUCUUGACACUUCGAGUGUCAGACAAUUGAGUUCAAAUGGCAGCAGUCCUGUUUUAAAGGAAAAAAAGAAACACAAGGAAAAGGGCGAAGAGAGAGAAAAGAAGAAGAAGAAAAAAUCAAAGGACAAGGAGAAGGAGAAAGAUAGGGAAAAAUCGGAGAAAAAGAAGAAAAGACGAUCGUUACAAAAAUCCAAGGACGAGAAUCGUGAACGUGAUGAACUUGAAGAAUUUUUAAACGGUUCGGUAACGAGGGUAAACGUUGAUAUGGCAUAUGAGGCCAUAUGAAAGCGAAUUGAUAUACUUCGUUCGGAUUAAAAUAAGCUUUUUUCGAUGUUCUCUCUCUGUCUCUCUCUCUUUCUCUCUCAAGACUUCUAAAAAAACAACUCAUCACUUAAAUCGUUAGUAAUUUAUUGAAAACAAAAAAAAAAUAUUCUGGACAUAGAAUUCUCCAAGUUUCGUAAUCUAAAAACAAAAAGAAUAAUUUCCUACCUGGAAAAUUGUCUCAAAAAUAUAUUAAAACGUAACAACUCGUAAUCAAAAUGUAUAAAACUCGCGCAUUUUAGAAAAGAUUUUUUUAAGAAAAUUAUAAUUGUAUAAAUUUUUAUGAAUUUUUAUUUUCUAUAAAAAGAAAACUGCAUUUGGAAUGUUCAACUUAAAAGAAUUGUCAUUCUAUCUAUCUAGAAAAAGAAAUUGAUUUAUUCCAAAAAGAAAAGAUUUCGUCUUGAUUAAAUUUUCAAUUAAAUAUUUAUAAUUUAAUUAUUAUUGACAUUAAAAUUUAAUCAAAACGAACAUUGUUUUUUUUUUGCAUAACGCUUAAAUGUUAAGCACUUGUUUUUUAAAGCAUAAUUUUUAAGUUUCAAAUAGAGAAAUAUAAAAAAAGUCUUUCACUUCAUUCGUUUUUUAUUAUUUUCAUUUAUCACUGUUAACUGAGACUAAAAUACUGAAAAUAACAUUUAACAUCGAGUUAUUAUAAUAUUGUUCUAUUUUUGCCAUCUAAUUAUUUACAAAAAAAUGUAAUUUGUAAAACAUAUUCAAUACGAAUUCAUGUUAAUAAAUGUAUAUAAACGUA